UCAUGCUUUCUUCUUCAACUCGCUUUAUCUACCAAAAAAAUCUGAGUUUAUCUGCAAUAUCUGCGUCUCUUCGAUUGGCAAAACGAUUCUCGUCCAAAAAAAAGCCAACCCUUUUGAGUUCUUCGCAGGUUUCUUCGCGUUCGACGAGGUUUAUUAUUAAAGCGGAGUUUUUGAGGUCCGUUUGGUGCGCUUUAAGAUCGGAAUAUACGAUGGCUAGCCAAUCCAGCAAAGGCUCUGUCUACGAUUUCACUGUUAAGGAUUCUAAGGGAAAUGAUGUUGAUCUCAGCAGCUACAAGGGGAAGGUCGUCUUGAUUGUCAAUGUUGCAUCCCAAUGUGGCUUGACCAACUCAAACUACACUGAGCUGAGUCAGCUGUAUGAGAAAUACAAAGACCAAGGAUUUGAAAUUUUGGCAUUCCCUUGCAACCAGUUUGGAGCUCAGGAGCCAGGGACCAAUGAACAGAUCUUGGAGUUUGCUUGCACUCGCUUUAAGGCCGAGUAUCCCAUCUUUGACAAGGUGGAUGUGAAUGGUGAGAAUGCUGCUCCAAUCUACAAAUUCCUGAAGUCAAGCAAGGGAGGACUCUUUGGGGACAGCAUCAAGUGGAACUUUUCCAAGUUUCUUGUUGACAAAGAAGGAAAUGUUGUUGACCGUUAUGCUCCCACCACUUCUCCUCUUAGCAUUGAGAAGGAUAUAAAGAAACUUCUGGAAAAAGCUUGAGUCGGCUCUUGAGCAAUAGCUGGUAGUUGUUCUAUGAAUAAAGUGCUGUAAUAACCAUCUACUCAAUCAGUUAGUCCCUCUGCUGGACGUAUACUGAACUUGGAUGGCGCUAGUUGUAAUAUGACCGUCUUUUUAAAAUAUUUUCCCUCUUUCUGCCUUUUUAACUUAUUGUCGUUUAUUAA